AUGUAUCCCAACAAUAAUUUUUGUUAUUCACAUUCGUAUGUGUGCAUCGAAUGCAACAAAGGAUAUAAAUCGAGAACGGCAUUAAAUCGACAUGUGAGGGAAGAUUGUGGCAGGAUUUUAUACAGAUGUCCCAUUUGUUCUUGCAUUUUGCCGAUGAAGAUUAAUCUCUACAAUCACUUGAAGCGAGAGCACGGUUAUUUAGGAAGUCAUAUUUGCAACGCUUGUGGCAAAACGUACGCUUAUUACUCGUCAUUGACGAGACACAUUCGGGAGGAGUGUGGCGUGCCUCCGAAGUAUCAAUGCCUUUUUUGUCCCAAAAAAACGAAAUUACGUUAUCAUCAUCAUCAUCAUCAUAUGACAUUGAUCAGAAGGAGUAUCUACCCCUGUGGAAAAUGCGAUAAGGUCUAUUCAAAUGCGUCAUCAUUGUAUCGUCAUUUGAAAUUGGAGUGCAAUAAAGCUCCACAAUUUCACUGUCAAUUUUGUCAGUUCAGUAGUAAGCGGAAAUUUAAUUUGGAUUCACAUGUUGCUUAUAGACAUCAGGGUCGUAAACGAACGUACGUUCGUCGACGGCGACAAUCUGCGGCGAACAGUAUGGGUGCACUCCUCUCAUUAUUACGAUCUGAAUUUAAACAAGUGGGAAUGAAAAAGAAUCGAGCACGAAGUACCAGUGAACAGGGGACGACAAAUUCUCCAUCCCAUCGUGAAUCGUAUCGCUCAGGUUCAGGGAAUGAUAGCAAUAAUAAGAAUAAUAAUAAUAAUUUUGAAAAUAAUGAUCGAUCAACGCGUGAGGUGGUGUUUCCAGAUUCAUUUGAAGUUCUUCCACAGCCACGUGAUUUGAGUGUCAUUUACAUGGGGGUGCCGCAUGAGCAGCAGAGAAAAUUUAGGUGUCGAUUUUGUGGCAAGGGCUAUCGUUGGAAAUCGACGAUGAGAAGACACGAGAUGGUGGAAUGUGGCGGGAAACCACCGUCGUUCCAGUGUCCCGAGUGUCCGUAUAAGGCGAGGCAGAGGGGAAAUCUCACUGUUCAUUAUAAGCGACAUCAUCAAAAAUCUGAUGAUAAUUGGUUUCUUCAAGCACACGAUGCUUUCAUAAGUCCACCUAGCAUGUCAUCGUAUUCUGGUACACGUUCGAAUCAGGGUGCAUAUCAACCGGUGAGAACGGCACGAGGACAAUCGACAUAUAAGUGUCCAAAAUGUAGUCGAUUUUACAUGAGGGCUUCGUGCUUGAGACGACAUUUGCGUGUUGAAUGCGGCAGAGAACCGAAAUUUCAAUGUAAAAUUUGUCACGGCUGGUUUAAAUAUAAACACAAUCUCGCCGCUCACAUGAAAUUGCAUGUCGAGGAGCCCAAGCAUCAUUGUGUUAUGUGUCCGAAAAAAUUCUAUCGUCGUGACAAACUUGUGGAGCACGAACGAAAAUGUCACACUACGUAA